UGCUGUGAAUGUGUUUGCGCUACGUGGUCAAUUUACUUGUGCGACCGAAGAAGAGUAGAGUGUAAUUUUGUCACUAGCGUUCGAUCCGUCGCAUCCGUUCCCGUCGACGUUUUUUUCCCUGUGUCUUCAUUAAUCCUGGCUUCCACGGUGGAGAACAAGUUUAAUCAUUACGCGUAGCCGGUGGUUUCGAAGGACGUGGAAGUGCUAAUCAAGCAUCCGCAACUAGCAUAGGAAAAGUGUGACUGGCGCCGACAAACGUGCUCACAGUGCUUAAGCCGUGUUCGUGUUUGUGUUCGUCGUGUUGUGGUAGUGUCCUUUGUUUGCCGGAACCGAAACCCGUUGUCGACUAUUGCCCGUUGCCCGUGAAACAAACCAUGCAAAUAUGGAUCUGUUUAUCUUUGUCGUAAUCCUCGUUGGGACCCUGGUCUCGCUUUUGGGACUGCACUUCUUCCUGUUGAAGCCCCUGUCGGGCAAAUCGUUCGAAGAGGAACUGAAGGAGAAACGCGAAAUGCGUGAAAAAAUCCUAGGCACGACCGCCUCCGGAUCGGCUAAGGCCGGCACAUCCGGCGGUAAGGAUAAUGCCAACAAGAAGGGCAACAAGAAAGCCAACAAGAAACCACAACCACAGAAGCAGAAGGCCGCCGUCGCCGUGAAGGAAUCCGAUGUAGAUUCCGGUGAAGUGGAAAGCGAUUCCAACUCUUCCGAGAGUCAAAUGGAGGAAGAGAUCAACCCGUUGACCUAUGCCAAGAAGAAGGUUGUUAACGCCAGCGUGGAGUAUGUGGAAACUGAGGCGUUCGCUUUGACCGAUUCUCAUAACAAGAAAAAAGACAAGCCAAACCAAGGAAAAAAGAACAAACAAAAGGGCGGAAUUCUCCUCAACAAAACGGAACCAGUUCUCGUCAAGCAAGAACCAGCUCAAGAGAUCAACCAUUUUGAAGAAAUUCAUCCUAAAGACGCCCUUGAGAUUGCCCGUCAGCAGAAAGAGGAAGAGGUUAAGCCCAAGCAGACCCCCAAGGAACAACGUAAGCACAAGAACAAAGAUCAUGCCAAGCCAUCACCGAAGAGCAGCGGUGUCGAAGAGAUUCCCGUUGCCCAGGUCGUGGCUCAACAUGCCGUUGUUGUUGCCGCCGCUCCAAGUGAGCCCAAACCGACAAACGCAAAUACCCAAUCCAACAAGGACAAGUCUAGCAAGAAAAAGAAAAAUGAACUUAUUACUCAGCAGCUAUCCGCCGAAGUACAGGACGCUGCCAACGUUCAAUCGUUGGUUCGGAUUCUCGGCAAGGCGGACCUGCCCCGUAACGAUAUUCAAAUUUUGAUUGACUUCUUGCUGAACAAACAGCAAGAUACCCUGACUAAGGAUCCGUCCGAGUGGAAUGACCCAUCCGAUCCGCUGCAGAAGCUGAAGAAACAGUUGCAAGAAAAAGAAAACCAGUUGCUGGAAGAGCAGAACGCCGCCUCCGGGCUGCACGCCAAGCUGAAGGAACUCCGCCAGGAGUUGAACAACGAGAAAACUCACAACGGAGCUGCCCUCAAGAGUUUCACCGAAGAGCUGAACGUCAAGCGCAUGGAAGUUCAAAAUCUCACCCAACAGAUGCAGUUGGUUUCGGAGAAGUUUGCGGCCGAGAAGCAAACCCUCUCGCACCAGUUCCAACAGCUGCAGGCCAAGUUCAUGCAACUGUCCGAGAAGCAUGCCGCUGCCCAGGAAAGUGCUGCCUCCAUCGGUCAGUUGAACGAAAACAUGCAAAUGUUGCAGCGCGAACUGAUGACCAAGGGGCAACUGCUGAACGAGAAACUACAGUCGGAAGAAGAGUUGCUCAAGAAAAAGACUGAAUACGAAAUUUUGCUACACCAGAAGGAUGAGAUCAUCAAUCAACGCAUGCAAGAGCUUAACACGUACGAGAACGAAGUGAAGCAGCUACGAAUUUUGGCUGGCCAAAAUGAGGAACUGGUCAAGACGUGCCAGCAGCAAGGCUACGAGCUCGAACAAGCACAAGCUCAGAUGGCCGAGCUACAAAACAAGCAGAAACAGGCCGCUGCAGUGAUGGCGGCCACCACCGCUGCCAACACCCAGGCCGAAGAGUGCAGCAAGGUGGAAAUUCGAAAUCUCCAGAAUGCCUUAGAUUCGAGCAAAACCGAACUGACCGUGUGUCGUUCCGAGCUGGCCGAGUAUAAAACGAAAGCGACAGAGCACGAGCAGCAGGCCAAGGAACUGCGCGCCCGCGAGGAGGACCUGCAGAAGCAGAUCGAGGAACAGAAGGCCAAGAACAAUGAUUUGCGCAUGAAGAACUGGAAGUUGGUAGAAGCACUGCAAGUUGCGCAAAAUAACACCAUCAAACCAAGCACCACCACUAACACGAAUCAAAGUAGUAAAGUUGAACUUGCUGCAGCUGCUAGCAAAGCACAACAAAAGUCUAACCACGUUCCAGAAGCACCUCCAGCCCCGAAAGUCGACAUCGACAAGGUGAUCCUGGAAGAACAAAACCGAACAAAGGACCUGCUGGUGAAACUGCUCCCGCAGGAAAUUGUUACGGCACUGCCACUGGACGCCACCAACUUCCACAGUUGGCUGGAAUCGGCGGUCACCUGCAUCCGAGAGCAGCAGGAAAGUGUUCGCCUCUCGGCCAGCCAGAACAAUGCCGCCACCGCCACCACCACUCCCAGUAAUAACAGCACCGAAGCCACGGCGGUGCACCACAACUUCAACAACACUAGUAGGAGUAGUAACAAUAGUGCUAACAAUAAUAGUAGUUUAAAUGAACAAAACGAUGCCCACGGUGGGAAAACCGACGAGGGCAGUAGCAAAAACGGUGCGCCCGAGCUGGCGGACACUGCCGAGGAUCAGCAGGCCCUGACGCUGCGGAACGAGCAGCUGCAGAAAUCAGUAGAUCAAUAUAAGUUAAUUAUAGCUGAUACUGAAAUGAUGCUGAAAAACCUAGAGUCGAAAGUAAUCGAACAGGACAUCCACUGGAGGUCGGUGGUGCAAGCGAAGGAUAAAGAAUUGAACCUGCUCAAAUCGGCCGGUGCGCUGCAGUAGUACUAGUAGUUCGUAGUAAACAGCAACCAUCUUAGUAGUAAUGACAACCACAACCGCAACCGCAACAACAACAACAGCAACAGCAGAACCCCGGUGGGUGGUGGUAACCUAUCUAUCUACCCAGUGCGUGUUUGUGUGUGGAUUUUUUUCCAGCCGAUGAUGCCGCGGCAGGGGAGGCAGUUGAGAGAUAUUGGUCAUCGAUGCAGAACUAACGUGAAUGCUGUGGUGCUGCACAGCGAGCAGUCUGUGCGUGCAUUGGAAAAUUCACAGGAAAUGGAGACCACUGAGGCGAGAGGACUGAUACAAAGUUAUCCAAAACCAUCAUAUUUUUGACCCGCUGUUGCAGACUACAUUUUUUAAUUCCUUGCACCUUGUCCUAUCAUAAAAUCCAUUCCAUAACGCCAUCAGUUUCCCUCUCCCUCAUAGUUGAGUCUCAGAAACCGCCUUCCAUUUCCCGUCCCUGCAAUCCACCACAGGCACAGUCAUUACCAAUUGCUCGAUCUACCCCUAAAUCUCUAGAGCGCCUCUCCGACCGUUUGCAGCAAAACACAGUGACAAGUAUGCGCGCAAUCCGAGUGCAAAGCCGUGCACUAAAGAAGCCGGCCUUUAACGUGUGCACGCGGUUGCCACUCGAGGUUGUUCCGACUCAGAAUACGUAUUACCUGCGCCGCGUUCCAUUCCUAGUUGCUCCUACUACAGAGAGACGCGCCAGGCGUUUCCUACAAUUAAGCACAGCAAACGAACAAUAGAGGUACACAAACCCAAACUCCACUUAGAUUUGCUUCUAACCGCGGAUCAAGAACCGGGGGGACGAAACCGCGAGUAGGAGAGAAGUAAAGCUGCAAUAGGUUAACACUCGUGUAUGGGCGAGAAGUGCAACACUUCCAGAGAAAACGUGAUGAGAGGCGAGUGGCAGAAGCAAAUAAUUUUGAUUGAGAUUGAGAGAAGUAAAGCUGCAAUAGGUUAACACUCGUGUAUGGGCGAGAAGUGCAACACUUCCAGAGAAAACGUGAUGAGAGGCGAGUGGCAGAAGCAAAUAAUUUUGAUUUUUAUAGGACCUAAUGAAGGGGGUUGAGAGUAUGAUUCAAUAACGGAUUCAAUUGUAUAAUAUUAUACUGAAUUGCAUUUUUUUUCACAGCGUCGCUAAUAAGAAACCUAUUGUUGUACGUUAUUUUUGUGGGUAACUAUUAUUUAACAAGUAAGUACAGCUGAAAGUUUUUAUUAUUGCUUACAAUAAUUACAUUGGAACGACAAUUGUGGUUGCUAGUUGAAGAAAAUAAAACGCAUAUUAUACUCCUCCAAAUCGGAAAUGGUAUGAACAUUUACUGUUGAUUUUUAAUGAUAAUAGUUGAUUGGGAUUUGCACGGUGCUUUGUUUACCGUUUUUGCGGCAAUAUUUUCGUAACACAAUUCAAAAUUGUUUUCUACCUGCUUGUUUUUUAAAAUAAUUUUUAAAUAUAGGUAUGUUCACUUAAUUCCAGAGUGUUGUUUAAAGAGUUUGUCGAUUAAAAGCAGAGGUUAUGUCUGAAACUGACUGCGAAGCCACGCCGUGAACACUAACUAAAGGUGAGAGCGAAUUGUUUUUUUUUAUGAAACGCGAGUGUGUUGUGGGUUGGCAUCUAACACGAAAGAGAGAUGGGUUUGUGAAAAAGAAGUGUUCACGGUGUGGCUUCGGAGUCAGUAAGUUUGGCUUUCUAUUCCGCAGAAUCAUUACCUGUUCCGUGGCUUAGUUGGUUAAAGCGCCGGUCUAGCGAAUACGAAGUCAUGGGUUCGAAUCCCACCAGAACGCGAUUUUUUUUUCACGAAUUUUGUCAAUUUGUCAAUUUGCAACAUUUCAUGCUUUCCAGUAUGUGACAGUACGUUCGGAACAACAUCGAAUAUGUUUGCUUUUUAUUUUUUUUUCUUUCUGUGUAUAUCACAGGUGUUUUAAGUUUUUAUAAGAAUACAUAGUUUUCAACAAUGGUAAAAAAAGCGCAGUGCAUUUCGUUCAUCAUAUUCAACUAUGGGGCAUGUUGCAUGCAUCUAUUUCCUUUGUCAGGAAAACUGUCCCUCGCAAUGCUUGGCAAACUUGUGAAAACUAUCUGUAAUUGCAGAUCAUUUUUUUUCCAGAAAUUUUCUACUGAUUAUGGAAAAGGCUUAGUGGCAAACGACGGCAAAUUUUGACGUCUUUCCAGCAAUAUGUUAACAAUUUUAGGAGAUAGAGAUCAACAGAACAAAACACAAAUUUGUUGAAUUGAAAAUCAGAUUGAAUACUCAAACUUAAAUUACAAUAAAAAAAAAAUGAACAAACAAGUUAUGAAUUUCUGCAAUUUAAUGCGAUAUGUAAACACCGACGAACCGACGUGACAGUGGUGAUUCAAAAGUGUCCCCCCCAAAUUUAACGGUCGACCACCGAAGCGAGCGAUCGCUUCUGUCAAAUCAGCGCAGACGCGAACCGUUUCCUAUAUGAACACAUGGGGGUUCGGUGUCGAGCUACCAAACCAUCGCGGGCCGUUAUAGAGGUGGCGAUAGUGUUCGCUUAUUUUUCAUCAUGGCGUCGCGGACAACAAAUUUGAAUUUAUUUGUUCUAGCUGUCACGUCGGUUCGUCGGUGAUGUAAAUCUGCAUGUCGCUUAUUCUAUAUCCUCUGAUAAAGAUACGGGCACUUGCGAGUGCUUGUAAAAAGAAACUAAUUCCUAGCGUUCACUCUUCAAUUAAACUUCAGGACAUAAUAGUGCUGGAAUUGUUUCUCAUUCGAGAUGGUGCAUCUAACCUCUGAAUCUUCAAGCAAUCAAAACACAGCGAUCGAUAGAGCAAAACCACCCCAAGUACUAAUUAAAUACCGGUAAGCCCCGAACAUGCAUUCUAUACCCUCCCUAAGCUGUAAGACUUCUACUCCAGUUUGAAACAAUCAAUGCAUGUUAUUCGGUUACGUAGAAAAAAAAUAGACGCGAAGAAACGCAGUCGAUUGGUCGGCAUUUCCAAGCGCUUCUUAUUUAUUUUGAAAACAACAAGUAUGACUAUUAAUAUUAUUAUUGAAAUCCUGCGAAAAAAAAACAUUACCGAUGAGAGUUUAAUGGAACCAGGAAAACAACCAGUUUCCAAGGUUAGAAUUCACCAGAAGUCAAUGGGGAUUCCGAAAAUUAUCAAAUGCAAACGCAGAGAGUUGCCGAAAAGACACGUGAAAUAUUAUUUUUUUACAUGAAGCAAGAAAUAGAAUUAUUAAAAUUAAAAAAAAAACUAGCUAUACACAUAUAUACUUUAACUUCUAGGAGAAAAAAAUCUAAAUAACGCGAAGAGAAACGGAACAUGCGCAAAAAAUGAAUAAAACAAACAUGUGGAAGUAUGAACGCGAGCAGACCUUCAGAACGAAUAAUUGUUUAAAUUGGAACCCGAACGAGAUAACGUUGAACAAAAUAAAAAUUAAAAAAAAAAACAGAAUUAAGCUACUCAUAAAAAAAGCAAAAGAGACAAUGAAAAUAGACUCCAUUUUUUGGAAUAUUGAUAGUAGACGCGUUCGGAAAAAAAAACCAGUGCGCAGUGGUUCUGAAAACAGCAUUAAUUAGCGAACAAUAUGGCUACCAAUAGCAUGUAUUUGUGAAUGAAGUUGUUUUUUUUUCAUUAUUUUUCCGAGAGACAGGUGGCAAAUAAGAGAAACGAAUACAUGAAUUCUAACGCAUUA